AUGAAAGCGGCAAGCGCAUCUGGAUUUUACACAGAUCGAGGCUGCCACUCUUUACCUCCACCCCACACGUUUAAAGGAGUAUAUAUGUGUAUAUUGUACUUAUUCAAUGUGCGAAGAGCAUUUUGCAUGGUUUAAUUUGUAACCAGCUGGAGAUGAGCGUGCAUUUUAUUAAGUUUUGCGUUUAGAAAUGCAACAGAGCUGAGGUGCCUGCGGAGUAGCCUGACCUACAACUCAGGGUAAGAAGUCCCAGUGAAAGUCUACAAUAACUCCUCCACGUAUUCCAGCAGCUGUUUCCUCUAAGAGUUUCAAUGGACGCACUGGGAGAGCUGGACCUAAGGGACCCCUCGGUGAAACGGUAAAUCAAGAAUAAAGCGGGGGUAUCUUUGCUGACCCUGCAGACCCUUUAAGUGGUUUCACAGCUGGUACCAAGACCCGUCCGCCUGCCUCUCCGCUGUACAGAGAUAUUUGGUUAGAGAAAGCUGUUCCUCACACCUAUUACAAGAGCUAUCGAGUGGCAAAGCAAAGUCUCACCAAGCAAUUAUUGGGUGCACAACUAUGUGUGUCCCCGAGGAUGUCCAUUCACACUGGUUGAUGGCACCAUGUCUUCUCUCAUCUAUAUUAUUCUCGAGCUGCUGAUUGCGGUUUUGGCCAUCGCAGGAAAUGUUUUAGUGUGUUGGGCCGUCUGGCUCAACAGCAACCUGCAGAGCAUCACCAACUUCUUUGUGGUAUCGUUGGCCGUGGCGGACAUCGCGGUGGGACUCCUGGCCAUUCCGUUUGCCGUCAUCAUCAGCACGGGCUUCUGCAGCCAUUUCCACGGAUGUCUCUUCAUCGCCUGCUUUGUAUUGGUGCUCACCCAGAGCUCCAUUUUCAGUUUGCUGGCCAUUGCCGUGGAUCGGUACAUAGCCAUUAAAAUCUCAUUGAGGUACAACAGCCUCGUCACAAGCCAAAGAGCUAAAGGCAUCAUUGCGGUAUGUUGGGUACUUUCAGUUGUUAUCGGUUUGACUCCCAUGCUGGGCUGGAACAAAAACGUAACCAGAAACACCAACAGCUCCUGUCCUCAAGGUAUGACAGAGUGCCUGUUCGAGAAGGUGGUCACCAUGGACUACAUGGUUUACUUCAACUUUUUCGGCUGUGUCCUUAUGCCGCUGCUAGUCAUGCUGGCCAUCUACGUACGGAUCUUCAUGGCGGCCCGUCGCCAGCUGAGACAGAUGGAGCAGAAGCUGGUGCACGUGCAUGGCCACACCCACGGGGAGGGGUCUUCUUCCCGCUCCACGCUGCAGAAGGAAGUCCACGCGGCCAAGUCUUUGGCUAUAAUAGUGGGUCUCUUCGCUGUUUGUUGGCUCCCAUUGCACAUCAUUAACUGUUUCACACUGUUUUGCCCACAGUGCGAACGCCCGCAGGACUGGGUCAUGUAUCUGGCCAUCAUACUUUCACAUGCCAAUUCGGUAGUAAACCCGUUUAUAUACGCCUACCGAAUACGUGACUUCAGGCAUACUUUCCGAAGAAUCAUCCGGCAAUAUUUUCUAGGGAAUGAAAAUCGACUGUCCAGUGGAAAUAGUAAAGUUGGCAUAGUUGCUUCUAAGACUGGAGUGAGCGUGAUUGAGACGAGUACAACGUCCAAUGGAUAUGUUUUGGAGAGCAGUCCCAUUCACAGCGUGAUUUCCUGCAAUGACUUUGGAAUUACAAAGGAAAUGCCCUUGAACAUCAGACAGUUGAGGUCACAAACAGAAUUCCAAGAUUUAGGUUACACUUUAAAUGGACAUCACUCAGUGGAACAUUCCUUUGCUGCCAAUUCAAAUCCAGGUUUCUCAGUAAAGACUGGUAAUGAAAAACCCUCUGUCAGAGAACAUGUAGAAAAAAUCUUGACUGUAAAAGACUGCAAUGCUGUAGCUAAUGUACAUAUCAGCUGUUUGUUUCCCACAAAGACGAAAAACUCAUCCGAUCUCACAGAAGUAUCAUGACACAAACUUUAUUCAUUCCGGAAACAAGUUACCCUUGAUUCCUUUUACAUGUUAUUGCAUACAAAGGCUUCAAAAAGUAGUUUGUGAUCUUUUAAGAAUGUCAGUAAGGCUAACUUCAUAUGUGAGACUACCUUAGUAAAGGUAAAAUAUGUGUGGAUCAAAAAUGAUGAUAUCCUAUGGAAGCCAUCAGUUCCUUACAGAAAUUCCAGGAAUUCCUGCUUGCCUUUGCAUCCAAACACCCCCAAUACACCCCCGUUUUUCUAGACUUUCUUAAACAAUUUUAUGUGCAAAUAUUGUAGACAUUUUUAAAGCUUAUGUAUCCAAGAAGCCUAAUGGCAUCGAUCCUGUUUACAAAGGGGGGAUUUGGCUAAGUUUAUUAUGACUAUGCCAUAAAAUAUCUAAUGUGUGGCAUGUUUAAAAGAGGUAUCAUUUCUCUGUGCUUUUUAAAGGGGACAUAUCUUGAAAAUCUGACUUUUCCAUGUUUUAGUGUUAUAAUUGGGUCACCAGUGCUUCUAUCAACCUAGAAAACAUGUGAAAAAGAUCAACCCAGUAACUUAGUUUUGGUAAACCAUUCUCUGCACACAUGUAAAAAAAUAGGAAAUUGAAAUCUGGCUCCCCUUGUGAUGUCAGAAGGGGACAAUACCGCCUCUUAAUCUGCACUAUUCAACCACGGCACUGCCAUUUAGAUCAGCCCAUUUGCAUUUUAAAGGACACACCCAAAUAUUUGACAUCACAUUUUUGCUCACACCUACAAAGUGUCAAUUUUAACAUGCUAUAAUACAUUAUUUAUAUGGUAUUUUGAGAUAGAACUUCACAUAUGUACUCUGGGGACACCAAAGAUUUAUUUGACAUCUUUAAAAGGUCUUGUGAAAUGCCCCCUUUUAGUCAAAGUCAAGUUUUGCAAAGAAACUGUAUUUGAUACACAGCCUCUGUAGUGCUUUUAAAAUUGACCAAACAUAAUUGUACAGUAUUGAUUGUAAAAAUGUGUUAAUAGGUCUAAAAUAUGUUAAAUAAAAACAUAAGGCCAGAACCAAAAUAAACACAAACUGUCUUGUUAUGAAAUCCUAUACAGUUGCACUGAUGUUGAUACAGUGGUUGAUGAUAACAUCCAUCUUUAAUACAACUGGUACACCCCUUAAACUGGUAUUUGGGGUCACGGUGAUACCUGACUUU